AAUUUGUUCACGGAGCCCGACGGUGGUGCUAUCAAACGUGUUCGUGACAUCAUCAAUAAUGGCGUGUGACGUCAUAACAAUUCACUGUCAAUGCUAUUUUUUCCGAGGUGGUGUAAUGACAACGUUAGUGUUUGCGAACUCUGUGAACUCGAACGCUAUCAGUACUCAUCGUGAUCCUAACCUCCUUCGAUCAUCGAGCAACCAGGAUUCCGACAGCAAAAUGAACGAUUCCGUCGAAGUCGUUUUCCAAGAUCUUGAUGCUAAGGAAGAGUACACGUUGCAACUGUCACUGAACACUGCUCUAAGAGCACAUAACGAGGCUUCUCAAGCUGCUUCAAAUGAUGGAAUGCUCGAAGAUGCUCAGGAUGCACUGGACGAAGACGAGGAAAUGAAUGAGAAUUCUGCCGCUGCAAACAAGGAAAACUUCAGAUGGUCUGAAUCAGCUAUAAUGUUGCUCCUGGAAGAGUAUCGGCUCCGAGAACCUUCGAUGUCUUCUGGCAAGACUAGUCACGUCAAAGCCUGGAAGGAAAUCGCAGCGGUAAUGAAGCUGAAAGGCCAUAACGUGUCAGGCAGACAAUGCAUGACAAGAUUGAAUACAAUGAAGCGGACGUACAAGGCCAUCAAAGAUCACAACGGCAAAUCAGGCAAUAACAGGCGCACAUGGAAGUAUUAUGACGCAAUGGAAAGUCUGAUUGGGCAAAAACCGUUCAUGGCUCCGCUGGCGACUAUUUCCUCAACCGCACCUCAGAAUGAUGUCGAGAGUAGUAGCUCAUCAGUUGCCAGUGCAACUAACCAAGUUACUCGUGAGUAA